AUGGGGGCCACAGGCUAUGGCUACUAUCGCACAGUCAUCUUCCUGUGCAUGUUCGUCGGCUACUCGCUGUACUUCUUCAACAGGAAGACGUUCUCCUUUGUCAUGCCCUCUGUGAUGGAGGAGAUUGAGUUGGACAAAGAUGACCUCGGUCUGAUCACCAGUAGCCAGACCAUGGCCUACGCCAUCAGCAAGUUCAUCAGUGGUGUUCUGUCAGAUCAGAUCAGCGCCCGUUGGCUCUUCUCCAUUGGCCUUUUCGUCGUGGGAGGCAUAAACGUGCUCUUCUCCUGGUCCUCCACUGUGGCCAUGUUCUCACUGCUUUGGUUCAUCAAUGGCCUGGGACAAGGCUGCGGGUGGCCUCCCUGUGGGAAGGUGCUGCGUAAGUGGUUUGAGCCUUCCCAGUUUGGAACAUGGUGGUCUGUGCUGUCCUGCAGUAUGAACCUGGCUGGUAGUCUGGGUCCAAUCCUGGCCACUGUGCUUCUUAAGUACUACGACUGGAGGACAAUCUUGUCCAUGUCCGGCAUUUUCUGUGCAGCCUUCUCCUUUGUCUGUUUGGUGUUUGUAAAGAAUGAGCCGAAAGACGUGGGCCUGCCUAGCAUCGAAGCUGCAGUCAAAAAGGGGGCAAAGGGAGCCAACAGCCAGAGCACUCUCAGCGAGUUCCUCCUCUCCCCUUUCCUUUGGGUGCUGUCCCUGGGCUACUUAGUGGUGUUUGGUGUGAAGACGGCUGCCACUGACUGGGGACAGCUCUUCCUCAUCCAGGAGAAAGGCCAGACUGCACUAAUGGGCAGUUCCUACAUGAGUGCCCUGGAGGUGGGAGGCUUUGUGGGCAGCCUCGCCGCGGGCUUCAUCUCUGACAGAGCUGUGGCUCGGCAAGGCUUGGGUACCCAUGGCAACCCUCGCCAUGGCCUGCUCCUUCUCAUGAUGGCUGGAAUGUAUGUGUCCAUGUACCUGUUCAGAGUCACCAUCACACCUGAAGUUCCCAAGGAGGCUCCUCUUUGGGUCCAAGCCAUUCAUCCAAUCUCUGUCCUCAUUGGUGUGUCAGAACAAGAGAUCUGGAUUCUCUUCCUUGGGGCUGUGUUUGGAUUUUCUUCUUAUGGACCAAUUGCCUUGUUCGGGGUGAUAGCCAGUGAAAGUGCUCCUGCAAACUUCUGUGGAACCUCCCAUGCCAUUGUAGCUCUAAUGGCUAAUGUGGGUGCUUUUAUGGCUGGGCUCCCUUUCAGCAGUGUUGCCAAACAACACAGCUGGGACAUGGCCUUCUGGGUAGCCGAGGUCACCAUGGGUGUUGCCACUGUUGGCUACUUCCUUGUACGCAACAUGCGCACCAAAAUGGGACGGAUUGCAGAGAAAAUGGACUGAUUAUCUUCCUCAAACCAGCCAAAUGCGUAUGUGUGUAUGCACUGUUACCUGAGCAUGUGGGCUGUCUUCCUGUUGACGGCUCACCUUAUACAGAAUACUGCACAAUGAAUACAACUCCAAUUCCAGCAAAAGCAGCCGCUGUGUCAAAACCUGACUGACCUCAACAUCAGCUCAGUGACUAAACUUGACAUUUUUGCAUAGUGUGAUGAUUUAGAUACUCAGGAAUGAGACAGAGGAGAGACAUGUUGUUUUUGAAUCAAUCACAAAUUUCUAUUUAAAUACAUAAUAAGGUACGUAUGUAUAUGCACCACACAGAGUUUUUCAUGGUCAUUAGUGUAAGGGCACAUCAUGGUUGUUUCAUUCACAUGGUACUAUCAUUUUGGUGUAACACUUGAAUGGGCAUUUUCCACUUUUGACUUAAAAGGAGCACUUUCACCUAAAGGAAAUGUCGAUUUGAAAGCUGUAUGUUCAAGAUACAGAGGAAGGUGUAAAGGUUUGGAUGGAGAUGGUUUUUGAGUUAUUACAAAGUGAAUGUGUGCUGCUCACUGUAAAAUUUACCUUCAGUGGAGGUCGGUUAUCUGGAAGUUACUGAAUGUUAAGAGAGGGCUCUGCGUAUUAUAGGCUAUUUUAAAGCCAGAUAUUUGCACAAACGUGAUGUUCAUCAUUGAUCUGUACUAUACCUCCUUGAUUCAUACAAAUUUAAAAGUAAGGUUAUUGCUUCACUGAAGAAAAGCAAUUCAAGAGCAUGUUCUUAUUUUUACAGACCAUAAUAGAGACACAUGUUGAUGCAAUUUUCUUUGCCUAUAUCAACUUUUGAUGUGUUUUAAAGGAUUAAAUUUACAUAAAAUUCGUGCCACAGAACACAUUUUGUCUCUACCAUUGUAAUUAUAUGCAACAGUUAAUGAAAAAAAUGUUACAUAGUGUAUACUUAUCAUCUCUAAAAUGUCUCACUGUCAUCAGCUCUUUGUUAAUAAUAGCCAAUGGGUAUAAUGCUAAGUGCCACUUAAGCAUAUUUUUAACAUACUGGAAUUAUAAUAUUGACUUCAGUGGGUCAGUGAAAGCUAAUAAAAAUGAAUUUUCAGUC